UUGAAGUAAGCCCAAAAUCGAAUUUAGCUGUAGAGCUGCGUACGAAGAAGAAAAUGGCUGAUCGCUACUUCCACAACCAAAUGCCAGACUAUGUUCCCGAACCUCCAUCACCGAACUCAAUACCACCGCAUACACCUGUCUCUGAUUCACUCGCCAACCUUCUCCAUCUUCCCUUUCAGACUCUAUCCCAGCGCCUCAAGAAUGCAGCCUUGGACCUCAAGGAUGCGGUUGUGAAGGAGACCUGGACUGCAACAGGAAAACGUGUGAGCGAUUAUACUCUGUACACUGGGGCACUGGGGACUGCUUUUUUGUUAUUCAAAGCUUAUCGAGUUACAGGAGACGAGAAUGAUCUUCAACUCUGCUCUGAUAUCAUCAAAGCCUGUAACUCGGCAUCUCGUAGCUCUGGGCGCGUUACGUUCAUUUGUGGACGGGCUGGCGUAUGUGCACUUGGUGCUGUGGUGGCAUACCACAAAGGCGAUGAACAAUUGUGUCGUCAAUACUUGACACAAUUCAAAGAGAUUAAGCUUUCUGAGGAUCUCCCUGAUGAGCUAUUGUAUGGAAGAGCUGGCUUCUUAUGGGCAUGUUCAUUCUUAAACAAGAAUAUUAGUGAAGACGCAAUAUCCUCCACCAGAAUGAGGGCUGUUGCUGAUGAGAUUAUGAAAUCUGGUCGAAAAUUGGCAAACGAAAGGUGUCCAUUGAUGUUUGAAUGGCAUGGAAAGAAAUAUUGGGGAGCUGCCCAUGGACUGGCAGGGAUUACUAAUGCAUUAAUGGAUGUGGACUUGAAGCCGGAUGAGGUUGAGAUUGUCAAGGGCACACUUAGGUACAUGAUCAAAAAUCGUUUUCCUAGCGGCAAUUAUCUUUCCAGUGAAGGAAGUGACAGAGAUCGGCUUGUGCAUUGGUGCCAUGGGGCUCCUGGAGUUGCUCUCACUCUGGUGAAAGCUGCCAAGGUUUUUGGAAGUGAAGAGUUUUUGCAAGCAGCAAUCGAUGCAGGGGAAGUGAUUUGGAAUCGAGGACUGCUUAAAAGAGUGGGCAUAUGCCAUGGCAUUAGCGGUAACGCCUACGUAUUUCUAUCACUCUACCAGUUGACAGGUAAACCAGAGUUCUUAUACAGGGCCAAAGCAUUUACAUGCUUCCUUUAUGAUCGUGCACAAACUCUCAUAUCCGAGGGCAUUAUGCAUGGAGGCGAUCGACCAUAUUCUCUUUUUGAAGGGCUUGGGGGAAUGGCUUAUCUGUUCCUCGACAUGACCGAACCGUCUCUAGCUAAGUUUCCAGCUUACGAACUUUAAUCCGCACUUGUACAUGAUAACAUGAAUAAGAUAGUAUGUUGUUAAUCAAAUCUGUUCUUGGCCAUAUACAUAUAUAUAUGGAAAAGUAUCGAAUGUGUUUACUUGUGCUUUUGCAUGUUUUCGGUAUUUUAGAAUUGACUUGUUUGGAGUUGAAAACAAUAGUUGGAUGCAACAUGUGAGAAAAAUAUGUUUAAAAUACAAGUGAACAUCGAAAUAGCUUAGCCUGCGUCAACGUACAAGGGGGAUUGAGCGAUAUUAUUAUGGUUCUCAAGAAAAUGUCACAACAUCUUUGUUUUCUUUUUAGAGUUUUUGAAGUUCUCGUUAGUUUCUACAGAGUAGCUCCUCGAUCCAAAAUCUCU